AUGGCUUACAUAUACUCUAACUUAUCAGAUUUCUGGACGAGCGAUGAAGAAGUAAAUGACGAGGAGGAAGAGGAAGAGGAAAAUGAGGAUGUAGCAGACGUUGAGGGAGAAGAAUAUAAUUAUUAUAAUAUUGAAAAAGAAAAAAGGGCGAAUGACAAACAAAAUAAUGAACAGGAUGAAUUAUAUAACCAUAGUUUUGAACAAAAUUUUGAUAAUAUUUUCGAAAAACGAGAAGAUGCUAAAGAAACGGAUGCAUAUUACAUGGGAAGCUCAUUUAAUAAUUUUUUAGAUAAAGGGCUGAAUAUUAAUAUACAAGAUGUAAUGAAUGAUUGUAGAAAUGCUUUAACUGAUAACUUUACUAUUAGCAGCAUUAUACAGAAUUAUGAUAUCAACAAUUUCAUGUAUAAUGAUACAUUAUUAAAAUAUUGUGAGACAGGUGUAGCUAUUAAUGAUGAAUCCCGAAGUAAUGAGAAACCAACUUUAAAUGAAGAUUUUCAUUUUAACUGUUAUAGCUCUUUUAAUUAUGUAAACCCUCCAAAUAGUAACUCAAACAAAAGUAAUAAAAUUAAAAAAUUGGACAAAUAUGACCCAAAAAAUGAUGUACAACUUAUGGAAGAUUCUUUUAGUAAAGCGAAUUUAUGUAAUGAAAAUGAGAAAAUAUUGGAUGAUAAAACGAAUAUACGAGUAUUUGAUCGCGAAAAUACGAACGAUUUGGAGAGGAUGAACGAUUUGGAGAGGAUGAACGAUUUGGAGAGGAUGAACGAUUUGGAGAGGAUGAACGAUUUGGAGAGGAUGAACGAUUUGGAGAGGAUGAACGAUUUGGAGAGGAUGAACGAUUUGGAGAGGAUGAACGAUUUGGAGAGGAUGAACGAUUUGGAGAGGACGAACGAAUCGGAGAGGACGAACCAGUUGGAGAAAACGAACGAACCAAACAAACUAACCUGCGAAACAGAGCAAAAAUCCAAUGAAGAAAAGGCAAAUAUAAAAUACAUAAGAAAAAAAUGGGUAAUAGAUGACAACCAAUCGGAUGUUUCUAAUUUUAGCAAAAAUGAUAUGUUACUGAGUUACGAUUUUGAGUUAGAUGACUUUCAAAAGAGGUCAAUAAAACACUUAAAUAAUUUUAAACACGUAUUUGUUGCUGCACAUACAUCAGCAGGAAAAACACUGAUAGCUGAGCAUGCAAUAGCUUUAUCUAUAAAACUACAAAAAAAAGCUAUAUAUACAAGUCCGAUAAAAGCAUUAAGUAAUCAAAAAUAUCAUGAAUUUAAAAAUAUUUUUAAAAAUGUAGGAAUAAUAACAGGAGAUGUAAAGAUGAAUGUAAAUGCUAACUGUAUAAUUAUGACAACAGAAAUCUUAAGAAAUCUAUUAUAUUUAAAUGAUAAUAUUAUUAACAAUAUACAUUGUGUUAUAUUUGAUGAAGUCCAUUACAUCAAUGAUGAAUAUAGAGGUGUCAUAUGGGAAGAGGCCAUUAUUAUGCUUCCAUCACAUGCCCAAAUUCUAUUACUAAGUGCAACUGUUCCUAAUUAUUUAGAAUUUGCUGAUUGGGUUGGAUUUACAAAAAAAAAAGAAGUUAUUUCUAUAUCUACCAAGAAAAGACCAGUACCAUUACUGCACUAUUUAUAUGCACAUGAUUCAAUCUUUUUAAUUAUGGAUGAAAAAAAUAAAUUCCACUCAUCUGCUUUUAAAGAAAUAUACAUUAAAAUAAGAGAAAAAGAAGAGGCAAAUAAGAAUCAAAAGCAGCUUCCACAUAUUAAAAAAAUGAACAACAAUUAUGAAGCUAAGAAUAAGCAGCCAGCAGUUCAGAAUAACAACAAAAGCGGCACUGGUAGUAACAAAAUUAGCGAUUGUGGAAACAAAAACGGAGGAGGUAGUAAUUGCAAUGCGAAGGGGUAUUAUCAGUACUGCAAGGAAAAACGAAAGCAAAAAACGUUUACAAAUGAAGCUAACAUGAAGACUGAAAUACAAAAGUUACAAGCACUUAUUAAAAAACUAGAAGAAGAUAAUAAACUCCCAGUAGUUCUAUUUUGUUUUUCAAGAGUCAAAUGUGAAACAUACGCAAAAUGUAUGCCUCAUUUAAAUUUUUUAGAUAGCAAGAAAAAGUCAAAAGUACAUUUAUUCAUUAAAGAAUCUAUAUCUAAAUUAAGUACUCAAGAUAGAGAGUUAAAUCAAAUAAAAAUUUUAAGCAAAUUAUUAGAUAGAGGAAUAGGAAUCCAUCAUAGCGGAUUGUUACCAAUUCUUAAAGAAAUAGUAGAAAUACUUUUUUCAAAAGGAUUAAUAAAAAUAUUAUUUGCAACUGAAACAUUUGCUAUGGGUAUAAAUAUGCCAACAAAAUCAGUUGUUUUUACAUCUAUAUAUAAACAUGAUCAUUUAAAAAAAAGAAUCUUAACAUCGUCUGAAUAUACACAAAUGUCGGGCAGAGCUGGAAGAAGGUCUUCUGAUAAGUACGGCUAUGUGUACAUCUACUGUUCUGAUAAUAUACCUGACCAAGUACAACUAACAGAGAUGAUGAUGCAAAAAGCAGUUAGUUUGAAGAGCAAAUUUAAGAUUACGUAUAACAUGAUUUUAAAGUUAUUAAUAAAUAAACAAAUAAAUAUAGAAAAAAUGUUAUUUAGCUCUUUUUUAGAAAGUUGUAGAGCAUUACAAAUACCAUUAUUUAAGAAAUACCUAAAAAGAAAAAGAAGAUUAUUACAAAGUAUAAAAGAAGUUGAAUGUAUAUAUGCAAAUGAGAUGAAUGAAAUAUCCCCUAUAGAAAAUUAUAUACAAAUUGAUUAUAAAUUAAAAUAUAUUGGUUUAAGUUUACAUAAAAAAUUAUUUACUACGAAAAAUAGUAAUUGUUUUAUUAUUGGUAGAGUGAUGCUACUAAAUAAUAUUAAUAUCAUUCGUAGUUCAGUUUAUGGUAUAUAUUUAGGAUGUGAUAAAAAUAGUACGAAAAAAAAUGAAAAGGUAGAUUUUGCUCAAAAUAGUAUAUUUUUUCAAAAUAAUUAUGAACAAAAUGAGUCAAUUGAAAGAUUUUUUUUUUUGUUUAUCUUACCUGACUUUAUGACUUAUGAAGAUUUACUAACUCAGAUGAAUGACAAUCCCCAUUGUGUAGAAAAAACAGUGAAUGAAAAAAACUGCAAUGUGGUUCGAAGUGGUGGUACGAGCAACAAUGGAAUUAACAAAACAGAUUCAACUUUUAGUGAGAAUGCGUCAGUAGUAGUACCAGAGAAUGUUAUUAUGUAUGAUAAUUAUAAAAAUUAUAAAAACGUCUUUUCAGAAAGAAGAAACAAAAAUAAUAUAAAAAUUAUUCAUCAUGCAUCAUUUGAUACCAAUAUGAAUAAAAAAUACUUUGUUGUUUGUUCAAAUGUAUGUAUUGAAAAUAUUUCUCUCAUUACAAAUACUGUUAUAAAGUUAUCAAAUGUAAAAACAACAGCUAUUUUGAAUAACCCCAAGAACUUAUUGUUAUAUACUCUUGAGCUAGAUAGAUUAAUAGAAAAGCAAAACUUCGAACCUUUUGUUUUAACGAAAAUGUUGAAGACACUUAAAUGUGAAUUUUACUCUGUACUAGUUAAACAGUCAGAUUAUUUAGAAAGCCUAAAGAAAUCAAAGUGCUAUAACUGUAAUUUAAAAGAAAAACAUUAUGAACUUGUGUGUAAAAGAAAUGAUUGCAUAAAUGAUAUUGAGAAUAUAGAAAGAAAUAUAAAUGUUAAAUCAUUAAGUCUGUAUGAAGAUUUAGAAGGAAAACUAAAUGUUUUGAGACAUUUUUCUUUUAUUGAUGAUGAUCACAAUUUAACUGUAAAAGGAAAAAUAGCUAGCUAUAUCACACUAACAGAUGAAAUUACCUUAACACAAGUUAUAUUUGAAAAUGUUUUGAAUAAUUUAAAUCCUCCUGAAAUUGCUGCUGUUCUAUCUUGUUUCGUUGCACCUGAAAAAAAAGUAGAAGAAUCUCCUGACUUAACUGUAAAUUUACAAGAUGUCAAAAUGGUCUUAACAAAUAUUCAUAGCAAAUUUGAAGAGUUUUAUAAAAUUAUUCGUUUAAAAAUAAGUUCAGAAGAACACUGGAAAUUAUGUAAUUUUAAAAUUAUGUUUAUUGCUUAUAAAUGGUCCCUUGGUGCAUCUUUUGCUGAAUUGUUAGAACAGUCUGAGCUUGAGGAAGGUCUAAUUGUCAGAUCAAUUUUAAGAUUAGAUGACUUGUGCAGGAAAGUUAAAAUUGCUUUUUUAUAUCUCGGAAAUAUUGAAUUAGCCGAAAAGGUUGAGAAGACUUCUAACCUGUUGAGGAGGGACAUAAUUUUCACAACGUCCUUGUAUUUACAGUGA